AUGCGUGUCACGGAUCAUUGCAUGAUGAACUUGGACAGUUCACCCGAUUUCACUGGAAACAGAGUAGCAGUUCUUGGUGACAAGACGACCGGCCACGGCAAUUGCAACACCACCGAGGCGGUGUGGGAAACAGUCCUCAUUUUGAAAGGCGAGUCAGAUGAGGAGGUGGCGUCCAAUCAAGAGUACGCAGAUAACUCGCAAACCCCGGACAAGUACACUCUUAGAGAUUGCGAACCUAACAACCCAUAUCAGCGGUUUGUGCUCGAAGUUCAAUGUGACUUGGAAGUGGCCACCGACAAGUCCGAAACAGUGACUCCUGAUGUUUCAGAUUGCAAUACAGACCACCCAGUAUUCACUAUAUCGUCCUUCGUGGCUGGGCGAACUGCCAUGGAUGAUUAUCCAGAACGACAGCCAAGUUGCACUUCAAGUAUACAAGUCUGGUGA